AUGACCAACCGACGGCGUCUGGAGAACUUUGCGUUUUUGACUGCGCUUUACGCGGUCGCGUCGCUAAGUGUAGGAAUUGACAGUGACAGUUUCAUUCACAACUUUUCAGAAGAGAGACGGCUGAAAAGUGUACUCACUGAACUGGGGCACUAUGAGUUGAUGGUGCCACUAGUGCUAGAGGAGGGAGAGAGUCAACCAGUCAGCUGCCUCCGAUCCAUGGGCCCACCCACAUCUCUACAGUUACUGAUAGAGGCAGAAGGAGAGCAUCUGAUCCUGACACUGGAGAAAAACGAGGGUUUGUUUGCCAGCCAUUACACAGAAACACACUACAAGGAGAAUGGAAGUGUUGUGACUGGCACGCACAAAGCUACGACAAACUGCUAUUACCAUGGCACUGUGCAAGGACACACCCACUCUGAUGUCAGCCUCAGCACAUGUGCUGGUCUCAGGGGCUUCAUCUCCCUUGACAACAAGACACUGAUGCUGGAGCCAGCAUUUGAGCCAGAUAACGGCACGCAUGUGAUUUAUCGGGGAGAGAACCUGCAGCUAAACCGUGGCACCUGUGGACAUGGACACAACACAACAGCCAUCACCUCAAGCAAUGCAGGAGGGCCCCUUCAGUUUUUCACCUCAAGGCAUAAAAGACAUGCACAGAAGACUACUAAGUAUGUGGAGCUGAUCAUUGUUGCAGACAACAGAGAGUUUCAGAAACAAGGGAAAGACGUGGAAAAGGUCAAGCAGCGACUGGCAGAAAUCGCCAAUUAUGUGGACAAGUUUUACAGAGCGCUGAACAUCCGUGUGGCGUUGGUGGGUUUAGAGGUGUGGAGUGACUCAGAUAAGUGUGCCGUCACACAGGACCCUUUCACUACACUGCACGAGUUCCUGGACUGGAGAAAACUCAAACUACUGCCUCAGAGACCUCAUGAUAACGCUCAGCUAAUCAGUGGGGUUUACUUCCAGGGCACCACCAUUGGCAUGGCGCCCAUCAUGAGCAUGUGCACUGUGGAACAGUCUGGUGGUAUUGUCAUGGACCACUCAGAUAACCCACUGGGAGCAGCUGUGACCCUGGCCCAUGAGCUGGGACACAAUUUUGGGAUGAAUCACGACACGCCGGAGCGUGGGUGCGGCUGUAGGAUGACAGUUGACAGGGGAGGAUGCAUUAUGACUCCUUCCACAGGGUAUCCUUUCCCUACUGUUUUCAGUACCUGCAGUAAGAAGGAUUUGGCAGCCAGUCUGGAGAAAGGAGUGGGCAUGUGUUUGUUCAACAUGCCAGAGGUCAAAGUACUCUACGGGGGGCAGAAAUGUGGCAAUGGAUACAUCGAGGAGGGAGAAGAGUGUGACUGUGGAGAACCAGAGGAGUGUAUGAACCCUUGUUGUAACGCUACAACCUGCAGCCUUAAAGGAGAUGCAGUCUGUGCCCAUGGACAGUGCUGUGAAGACUGUAAGCUGAAGCCAGCAGGCACUCCCUGCCGUGAGUCCAGUAACUCCUGUGAUCUUCCUGAGUUCUGCACCGGUGCCAGCCCGCACUGCCCCGCCAACGUUUACCUGCACGACGGGCACACCUGCCAGAACGUGGACGGCUACUGCUACAAUGGCAUAUGCCAGACGCACGAGCAACAGUGCAUCACUCUCUGGGGACAAGGAGCCAAGCCUGCCCCGGGGAUUUGCUUUGAGAGGGUGAACUCUGCAGGAGAUCCCUAUGGGAACUGUGGGAAGGAUUCCAAAGGCUCCUUUGCCAAAUGUGAAGCACGGGAUGCUAAAUGCGGCAAAAUUCAGUGCCAAGGAGGUGCUAACAGGCCAGUGAUUGGGACAAACGCGGUUUCCAUAGAAACAAACAUCCCUUUACCUGAGGGGGGUCGUAUCCUGUGCAGAGGGACGCAUGUGUACCUGGGAGACGACAUGCCUGACCCAGGGCUGGUGUUGGCCGGCACUAAGUGUGGACAAGGAAUGUUAUGUUUGAACAGGCAAUGUCAGAACGUUAGUGUGUUUGGAGUACACGAGUGCUCUAGGAAGUGCCAUGGAAGAGGGGUGUGUAACAAUAAAAAGAACUGUCACUGUGAAGCUCACUGGGCGCCCCCGUUCUGUGAGAGGUCGGGAUUUGGGGGCAGUGUGGAUAGUGGGCCAAUGAGACUUGCAGACGUGCAUGUGUGUGUAUUAAUGUGCGUGUUGUCGUAUGUGACGUCAGCUGACAGCAGGGCUGUCGUCGUGGGGAUCGUUAUCUCCCUCUUGCUCCUCCUGGCGGCUGGAGCAGUCGUUUGUCUGAAGAAAAAGACCCUAGUGCAGCUGCUCUUCACCCAGAAAAAGAGCACCAUCCAAAAGCUCAGGUCAGUUGGCCGAAGCAGAUCACCUAGCCUGCCGCAAACACACUCAGUUUUCAGGGUCUCUCCCCAACACAAGCCCCCAUCUAAACCACUCAGCUCCAGUAUCUAUAAGCCAUCUCAUCUUAUCUCAGAGCCUCUCCUGCCUCCUCAUAACCUCCACUCCCACAGUCUGCGUCGUCUGCCCCAGUGUCAGCCACUGCAAAUCAGCCAUCCCAUGCCAGUCUCUCUGGGCAUGGGCAUGAGCACAGGGCAAGACCAUCCACCCCCAGUUCCUCCACACCGAGCACCCCCUACGCAAACGCGCUCUCCAGUCAGAGCGGCACCGUUCCACACACUCCCACGCCAGCAGCUGCCCAGUCCAACCGAGAAGGACCAUGACAGGCCAAGUCCACCUCAGAAGCCACUACCUGCAGACCCACUGGUCAAACCCUCUCGGCUGGCCCGUAGCACUUCUGCGGUUGGGAUUCGGAUCCCCGGCCCUGGCCCCCUCGCCAUCCCAAUUCCCACAGUUCCACGCCCCCUACCUACCAUACCACAGCCCAGCAGGUCACCUCCACGACUCCCACAGCCUAUGUACGAUCGCUGA